UGAUCUGUGUUUGUCAACAUAUUAUUGAUUUUUCUGUUUUACUGUAUUUAAUGAAAUGGUGCGAGUUUAAAUAAUUAAUCAAACCUGCAAAUUAUCGGUCACCCAUGUAAAAGUUUCGUGUGUGAACUUAAAGAACUUUGAACAAAAACUUUUUGCGUAUGUUUGAAUUUUAAUAUUGAUCACAUUUUUGCAUAUUUCCGUGCAUUAUUUACGUAAAUUAACUUUUGUAAUGUAUUUCCCAAUUGGCAGCUAGAUGAACUGUGUUAAAAUAUAGUUUAAUCACCGCAGUAGCUUACGACAGUGUAAAAAAUCGAUAAAACCUGCAGUGUCUUGGUUGCUAAGCUGUAUGUCACAUUAUGCAGUAAAAACAGAUGUUUUAUAUGUAAUUAUGGAGAGAGGAGGAAUAUAAGCUGUUAAACAUGAUGGAAAAUAUUUUAUCUCAACGGGUAACGCCGCUGUUAAAAUGUAUAGUGUUGUUUUUGUUUAUUUUCACUGCGAAAGUGUUAACUUCGCGGCCGCAAGAGUCAUUGGACUCUAGGAAUGGGAUACAUCAUGCAAAACCCUUCCACUAUGUGAGGACAUUCACCAAAUAUCACCACAGAAGAACUAUACAGUGGAACAAUCUCCCAGAUUUCUACUGGACAACUCAAGACCAUCCCAAAGUCAGCAAAAGAUCUGCAGAUCCUAAAGAAUACAACCCUUACUGGCUGGAAAGACAUUUGAACAGAAAAAAAUCUAGGUUCUUAGGUCCAGUGCAAGAAGGUAACAGAAAAAAAAGAAGUGUAGAAAACUCUUUUGUCAGUGAAGAGAGUGAGUCAAGUUACUACUGGCCAGAUCCCCAGAUUAAAAAAAGAAGUGCUAUAAUUCCAAAUUCGAAUGAUUUUAUUGGGGCUGGGAAUUCAAAUAACGUUGCAGAUUCUAAAGACGUUGGAUCUACGGAGACUAAAGCAAUUGGUACGAGUAAAUCUGAGGGUAACGUCAAAAAUGGUCUUCCAGAGGCCAAAGUUAAGAAUAAAAAGGUCGCCACAACUGGUAUACCGCCUAUUUCUUGUUUGUACAAACUUCAUAGAAUAGCUGUGAGUGCUACGCCUUCAUAUGAAGAUGAGGAGCAGGCACAAAUGGUGGUUGAAAACUAUAGCUAUGAUAUUGGUCCUAUAUCAGAGACAACGUUGCCUAACGGAGACACAGCUCAAGUCGAACAGUGUACGGACACAAAAGCAACUUGCUACGCUCUGUGGCAUCGUCACACGGAUGGAAACAUCACUAUAUUGGGACAAGGUUGCUGGCACUCGUCACAGCGGGAUGGCCGGAACACAUGUGACAAGUGCACGCCCAUCGACCAGAUGCCGGGCACCAAGUUCUGUUGCUGCACCAGAGAGUUCUGCAACGCUGACUUCUUGUCCCUCAAAGAAGAAUCAGUGACGAUCAAAGCGGAGUCCACAAUGGACGCUCCGCCACUCUCCGCUCGGUACUCGGCUUUAGCGGCGCCGGUGUUAUUGGUGCUUGCCGCUAUACUGGUGAAGGCGCUGGUGCUGCGAAGGCUUUAUUGCAAUCGCACCCCGCCCCAAGACGACCAGCCGGACACCGAGAAAGGUGAAGUGAUGGGCAGCGGUCCGGACGCCUUGGCAACCGGUUUGCUGUGUGUCGACAAUCUCACACUCAUCGAACAUAUUGGCCAAGGCAAGUUCGGAUCUGUAUGGCGCGGAACCCUAGGUUCGACUCCCGUAGCGGUCAAAUUGUACUCGAACGCGGGCGCGUGGCAGAAAGAGGCAGCGAUAUACGCGCUGCCGCAUUUGUCUCACUCUAACUUGCUGUUGUAUUACGGCAGCGACACCCGAGCGACACUAACCGAAGGUGGUGGCCGAGAACAUUUACUGGUCCUAGAGCUAUGCUGGGGCACGUUGCGAGCACGACUCGAGCGCGCGCCGAUAUCGUGGGCGGAGUUCGCGGCUAUAGCGCACGGCGUCGCCGCAGCGCUGGCACAUUUGCACACACCUACGGCCAGCAAGCCGUGUGUGGUGCACCGAGACGUGAACAGCAACAACGUGCUGAUCUCCAGCGACGGGCAGCCGCGUUUGGCUGACUUGGGGUUAGCUCAGAUACUGCACCCGAGGAGAGAGACGCCUAGCAGGAUCACUGAGGCUGGAACGCUCCGCUACUUAGCGCCCGAAGCCCUAGAGGGUGCAUUGGACCUAAGCGGCGCCCGAGCAGCGCUAUGCGCAGUAGAUGUGUUUGCACUGGGCCUGGUGCUGUGGGAGGCUCUGUGGCGCUGCCGCGGCGCGCACCCCGGCCUGCCGCCGCCCUACGCGCCGCCCUACCAGCACCACGGCCUGCCGCCGCGACCUACUCUACAACAUAUGCAGACGCUAGUAUCCCGCAACAAGGCGCGCCCGCCUCUACCAAAAGGCCCGGUACCAGAAGCAAGAGCUCUGAAGAUCGCCAACGAUACGUGCGACGAAUGCUGGGACCACGAUGCUGAAGCCAGAUUAACCGCGGUAUGCGUGGAGGAGCGAAUGGCUGAACUGAAACAGAUGCUACAAGCUCCGGGGCCCGUCAUACACGACAACAAUCUACAUCCGCACCCACCAGAGUCCAUCACAAAAAUAAGGUUGUCCCCACAAUAA